CACACCCCCCCGCCCAGCAGCCUGUGUCCACCAAUCACACAUCGGGCUGGAGGUGACCAAUAGCCAGGCCAGCCGGGCCUUGAAGUGUGGAGAGUCAUGCAGUAGUCGGGACACCUGGCUGCAUUGGCUGUGUCUGCUCACCUGGCCGGACUGUGGACUGUGCUGUGUGACGAUCUGUCGGUGUGUAUGUGGGUCUGUCGGUGUGUGCUCAUCUCUCAGGACCGGACUGUGUGUCGAUCUGUCGGUGUGUGUGUCGGUCGGUCGGUGUGUCGAUCUGUCGGUGUGUGUGUCGGUCGGUCGGUCGGUCGGAGUGUCUGCUCUCAUCCAGGAGAAUUGAUGGAAAAGUCGAAGAAUUUCCGGAUCGACGCUCUGCUGGCCAUAGAGCCCCCCAAGGCUCAGACGUCCCCCCUGGCUCUGGUCACCUCGUUAUCCUCAUCCUCGGGCAGCCCUCCCUCUGAUCACCCCGACAUGAGGACGGAGAGCCCUUCCCCCCCCAGGACUUGUGGACUGGUCCCCAAACCAGGCUUCCUGAGCAGCCACCAUCACCCCGGCUCCAUGAUGACCUUACACCCCCCGGGAGGUGCGGGCAUCCAUCCUCAGGCUUUCUAUGGACACCCCGUUUACAGCUACUCAGCAGCGGCAGCCCUGGCAGCGGGGCAGCACCCUGCCCUGUCCUACCCUUACCCCCAGAUCCAGGGGGCCCACCAUGCCCACCAUAUGGACCCCAUCAAGAUCAGUGCUGGCACCUUCCAGCUGGACCAAUGGCUCCGAGCCUCCACCGCUGGCAUGAUGCUGCCCAAGAUGGCAGACUUUAACUCCCAGGCUCAGUCCAAUCUGCUGGGGAAGUGUAGAAGACCGAGGACAGCCUUCACCAGCCAGCAGUUGUUGGAGUUGGAACACCAGUUCAAGCUGAACAAAUACCUCUCCAGACCGAAACGUUUCGAGGUGGCCACAUCGUUGAUGCUCACAGAGACCCAGGUAAAAAUCUGGUUCCAGAACAGACGUAUGAAGUGGAAGAGAAGCAAGAAGGCCAAGGAGCAGGCUGUCCAAGAUGCAGAGAAACAACAGAAAGGAAACAAGGGCAACUGCGAGGACAAGUGCCCAGAAGACAAUCAGGAAGAGAAGAGCUCGUCCUACCGACAAAAGUCACUGAAAACAGGCAGCCGCCAUCGCAGGGACUAUACAGACAGUGAAGAGGAGGAGGACCGAGAUGAGGAUGAGGAUGAUGAACAUCGAGAUGAUAAGCACUUCUACCACCACUCCACUGACUGUACAUCUGAGGAGGAGGACAACAGCCAACAGCAGAGCAAUCAGCUACACUGAGACUUGGGCAGUGCCCCUUUCCUUUCCCUCAUAGGCCUUUGCCAAGGUUUGUCAAGCCGCUGCAGUAUUGUACAUGGGAGCCAGACUCCCUUUCAUUACAUCUUAGAAAAGAAUGAAAAGUAAAGAGAACAUUUCCCCCAAAAUGAACUAAGUUGACCAGUAUCUACGUUAUGGAGACCUUCACGUCUUGCUCAGGUGCCAUUAGCCCCACUCUUUGAUUUUUCCAAAGACUCUCAGUGAGGUUUUCAGCUCUUUCCCAUAAAAGUCCCCUAAAAGCUGGAGAUAAGUUAGACUCUGUCCCACCUGCGUCCUGUAUGAAGAACAUUGACACUAAGGACAGAUAGUGGGUCCAUUGCGUCCAACAACUCGUGCUUAUUCUAUAUAUGUUUACUUCAUGAAUGGUAAACCUGCUGGAGAUAUUAUGACUAUAUUCUGUAUUUUUGUAUAUUGUAUUUAUAAAGAAAUACCUCUACUUAUGCAUGCUAAAUUAUUAUUUAGCUUUUUUUCCAUCCUAACGAUGGUGUGUAAAAUAAAUUUGUUUUAUACUA